AUGGAGGAAAAGCAGGGAGUCGUUGGUGCCCCAAAUGAGGCUAACUUGUUAAAACUGAUGGAAAAGACGGGAUAUCCAAUGAUGCAGGAAAAUGGCCAGAGAAAAUAUGGACCCCCACCAAAAUGGGAAGGACAAGCACCUUCGCGGGGAUGUGAAGUUUUCGUGGGGAAAAUUCCCCGCGAUUGCUAUGAGGAUGAACUUGUACCUGUUUUUGAAAAGAUAGGUAAAAUAUAUGAGUUGAGAUUAAUGAUGGAUUUUUCAGGAAGCAACAGAGGUUAUGCAUUUGUCAUGUACACAAACAGAAGUGACGCACAAAAAUGUGUCCGUGAAAUGAAUAAUUUCGAAAUCCGAAAGGGUCGUCUGCUAGGUGUGUGUAUUUCAGUUGACAAUUGUAGAUUGUUCGUUGGGGGUAUUCCAAAAACGAAAGGUAGAGAAGAAAUUCUUCAAGAGAUGAAAAAGGUAACCGAGGGAGUUACAGACGUGAUAGUUUAUCCAAGUGUUGUGGACAAGACUAAAAAUAGGGGAUUUGCAUUUGUGGAGUACGAAAGUCACAGAGCAGCUGCCAUGGCCAGGAGAAAACUUAUUCCAGGACGGAUUCAGCUUUGGGGACAUCAGAUAGCGGUAGACUGGGCUGAACCAGAACAAGAUGUGGACGAAGACACCAUGUCGAAAGUUCGGAUUCUUUAUGUGAGGAACCUCAUGCUUAAUACAACAGAAGAAACUAUUCAGCAGUAUUUUGCAAAAGCAUGUGGUAAUGAAAACAGCAUUGAGAGGGUGAAGAAAAUGCGAGACUAUGCAUUUGUACAUUUUAAAGACAGGGGUGAUGCUCUGAAGGCCAUAAAGGCUACUAAUGGGAGCAGUUUAGAAGGAUCAUGCCUUGAAGUUGUACUUGCAAAACCAGUGGACAAAAAUGACUACAGGAUGUAUGCUCGAGGGAAAACUGCUAUGCAAGAGGAUGGUGCAGAAGAUGGUGAUUGUUCAAUGCAAUACCUACAUCAGGCUUAUGCUCAAUUCAAUGUAUUUGGAGAGGCUGCUGCAACAAAUGCUAUGUAUGGUCAGGCCUAUUCUGGAACAGUUGGUGCAGGAGGGAGGGGGGCAGGAUUUCAGGGUCGUACUGCUGUAGGGAUACGUGGUGCACUGCGAGGGCGUGGACGAGGUUCAGCAGGCAUGCGAGGAGGAAGCACACAUGGAGGAUACAACUUCUUAGGGAGGGGAACUUACAGGAAAUAUGCUACUGAGGACCGUCUUUACGACAUUUUGCCUGGCAUGGAAUUGACACCCACUAACCCUGUCACACUUAAACCUCAAACUGUCAAAACACCAGUUCAGGUCCUGGAGGAGAUUUGUCAGAAGAAUGCUUGGGGCACCCCUACAUAUCAACUACAUUCUGCAAUGAAUGCAGAAAUGCAGCUGUUUUUAUAUAAGGUUACUAUUCCAGCCAUUGGAGCAACUCCUUUCCAGCCCAACAAACUCUGCAGAAAUGUGGAGGAGGCCAAGAAUUUUGCUGCAGAAUUUGUUAUGUCACAACUAGGGAUGCCUUUUGAAGGUUCUGAGGUUGCCAAUCUCGCUCCCAACCUGUAUCAGGGAAGACCUAUUGGACCUUCUUAUCCCCUGACUAAUGGUGCGUCAGCUCUCACAUAUGCCUCCUCCAUGCCAGUAGUGACCAGUGCUCCACCCUCGUAUGUGGUAGCUCACGGAAAGAUGCCACCUCCACCACUACCAACACAGAUUCCUUAUGACUUUGGAGCAGCCACACCAUAUGCAACUAUGUGA